CUGACGUCAGCGCCGCCGCGAAAGUUCUGUCGCCGGUGCGGGAGAGGCAGCCGGUGGAGAGGCGGCGGCGGCGGCGGCGACGGCGACGGCGAGGAUGAAGAUCUGGACCUCGGAGCACAUCUUUAACCACCCAUGGGAAACAGUAUUUAAAGCUGCCAUGCAAAAGUACCCAAAUCCUAUGAACCCGUGCGUUGUAGGCGUGGAUGUUUUAGAUCGGCAUGUUGAUGACCAGGGCAAAUUGCAUAGUCAGAGGCUGCUCAGUACGGAAUGGGGGAUACCGUCCAUUGUUAAAUCACUUAUUGGUGCAACGAGGACGCGGACGUAUGUACAGGAACACUCCGUCGUAGAUCCCAUGGAAAGGACCAUGGAGCUUAGAUCUGCAAAUAUAACACUAACAAAUUUAGUGUCGGUAGAUGAGCGGUUGGAGUAUAAACCACACCCACAGGAUCCUGAAAAGACUAUCCUAACCCAAGAAGCUAUAAUCAGUGUAAAAGGGGUCAGUCUAAGCAGUUACCUGGAAGAAAUAAUGGAAACCAGCAUCUCUGCUAAUGCAAAUAAAGGCCGAGAAGCCAUGGAGUGGGUAAUACGCAAGUUAAAUGCUGAGAUUGAAGAGUUGGCAGCAUCUGCACGAAGUAUCAAAAUUCCAAUGGCUGCGUCAUCAGUAGAAUAACAAAUGAGAAUUGUACAGAAACACAACGUCUGCCUCUGGGCCGUUUUAGCCUGUUGCUUCCCACUGUGCAUUUUCCCCUUGUUCACUGGGACAGACAGAUCUAAACAGACUAAAGAAGCUUGGAUUCAAUUGACUUCUAUUUGUGGGACGGGGUGGGGAUGUGUGGUGGUGAGACUACUUGAAAGAACCUUUGACUGUGUCUCCUAGAGGUCUGGUAAAUGAAAAUGAAUUGGAGCAGAUACCCAGAGGGAAGCAUGGGUUUUAAUAUUAAUAUGUAAAGUAUAAUGUUGGCAGAAGAAUUGAGAGAUGACGACAAAGACUUGACAGUGAUAAGUGAUUCAUUUUUGUGGUCCACAAGGCUGUACAGAUUAAGGACCUAAACAAUAGUGCCAGUUAUUUCAGUAGAUCAGAAAGUGAUAAUUUGCGUGGAUUAAUUGCAAAAUGAACAAUUGGCCGAGUUUCCACUCCUGAUUAUUAUCCAGUUGUUCCUACAAGAAAACGUUUCUAUAUGUGUGCAUUAUAUCCAGUCUACUGUGAAUUGUUACCUGGAAUUACAACUUAUAAAUUGCCACCUGCAUGUUGCAUUAGAUGAUUGCAAACAGCUUGUGGUAACCAAGCAGGACUUGGCACCUCGCAGGUUUAGGUAGAGGCUGAGGUACAAGACACACUUCACCUGUAAAAUGGAGAACCAUUUGCAAUAUAAGCUUGGAGGAAACUAGGCUAACUUGGGAUUUUUUUCAAAACGAUCAAAACUUGAAGAAAAUGUAUUUAAAUCUCUAGUGUAUAUCUAACAAUUCAACAGUUAGUUCCAGCCACGAAGUAUUGAUGAGUAUUGUAAACUUCACUAUGAAAAUUAAAUAGUCAAUUGCAACAGUUCUGUAAAUCGAUAAAAUAUAUAAUUAAUGGGCACCUGCUGUAAAAAGAUAUCCUUCUCAGAAGAAUUGCUGUGUUUAUAUGUGAUGAUAGGAAGUCCCUGAUGGGAACCCAAGGGUAUUUGGGAUGUCCAUAUAUAAACUUUGCUAUCAUGGCUUUGUAGAGUAUCAACAUUUUUGAAUAUCUGGUUCACUUAGUUUUGAUAAUCUAGUUAUUUUUGUCAGCAUUUAGUACUUGAAUAUGAAAGAACUAAACCACAUAAUUGCCAUAUAUUUUCUAUAUCGAGGGGUUAACAUUCCUAAAGCACUGAUGUUACUGGAUUUUUUCAGUAUGUUGAGGUACUAGGCUCUAGAUCUUUUUUAAAGGUAACACAUAUCAUACUUCCCCUCUAGUUUUGUUCUUCACAGGUACAUCCUCUUAUUUGGCAGUAAAUUAGUCCAAGGAAAUGGACUGUGUUUUCCCAGUCUGCAUUUUUUUUUUUUAAUUGUGGAGCCUUAGAAUAAACCAUGUAUACAUUUGACUGUCUUCAGUAACCAGCUAGAAUCUGGAUGUUAUGGAUACGAGGGACAUUAUGACUGAAUUUAUUUAAAAUAUUUCAGCAGUCACUAGCUGAAACAAGAAAACAUUUGUGCCAUGUUCCAAUUCAAAUGGGAGAAUUGUGAAUGAGAGAAUUCCUGGAUCAGGCUGUGUGGAAAGAAGAGCCUUUGUAUUCUGAAUGACUAAAGCUGACACUUGAAAAGUUCUUGAGCUAAAUUGUGUUCUUUGCAAUUUGUUUCACUUCAAAUGUGCUUGAAUUUUUGAAAGCAGUUACAAGUUUAAAAUUUACUUUCACUUCCUGUUUGCAAGGUUCUGAUUCUGAAGCAAUUGCAGUCAUUUGCCGAAUUGCCAUGAAGUCAGCUUGGCACAGUUGGGAACAAGCUCAUCUUUGAACCAGAUAGUCCUGAUAGUGGAGUGAGUCCCUCCCAAGCACUAAAUAUCAGCACAACAGCUUUGUGCUAUUCGGGCAUGAAGGAUCUUGUCAAAGAUACUGAGAUUUUGGCUACCAUUCAUCUCACCAGCAUAUGCUUACUUGUGAUUUAUAGGCUCUAGCUGUAUGCAGAUUGCAAAGUUUCCUAAAUGUCACUCCAUGGAAAUUUAAGUGUUUUGGAAGUGUAUUCAUUGAAUACAACCCUUUCUUUAAUAUUAGAAUAUCUAAAUCUUAUCCACAUGGCAAUAAUAAUUUUGAGAAUCCUAUCUGAACUGCUGGAGGAUGCCUUAACUUGUGUGACCUCUCUUUGUAUAACUUUCUUAGGAUAUCAAGUUCUGAGGAGAUUUAAUCUAUACAACCACUGAUCUGACGCAGAAGGUAUACUACCAACUGAUCCAUUGACUAUUAAUUAAAAUAUGCAUGUUUUGUGUACUGCUGUUUGUCCUCCGUUAUAUUUACUGGUAGUACAAACUUAGCUGUGCUGCUGGGAGUAUAAUAUGGGGUGUCUGUGUCUUUUGUUCCAGUACCCUGAUGAAAAAAUCAGUACCCGAUGCAGAGACCUAUGUAGGGCAUCUUUGGUCCAGUUGUGCCACGCGGGAUAAGCUCCACAUCUCACCAAACCUCACUUUGUUAAUGUUCAGUACAUUCGGGAUUUAGUCUGGAAGUUUGCACCUGUCUCAGCAGAGUGGAGUCAUUCAGUGGAGUUGCACCCUUGGUGAUUAUUUUUUAAACAGUUAAUAAGUUAACGCAGUAUUCAGAAUUCCACUUUCAGAUGGUAGGUUUGUUAUUCUGCUGUAGUUUGUAUCAUUCUAUAGCUUAGGUCAGACUUGGGGAAAUUAAAGAGAAAUGUAGUUAAUAUUUAGGGUCCACUAAUUUUCAAGUGGUAGUUAUAAAAGACCACUGCGCCACCUGCAUCGAUUCUGAUUGUUGCCUACUUUUUCUGUUUGUAUUUGACUUCCAAUGUCUGUCACAUUGUUUCAUAUUUAAUAGUUCCACAUAAAGAUAGCACGAAACUGCCUGUGUUGGUUUUGCGAUUAUCUCUACAGUUGAUUAGUUUUCUGUGGGAGUCAGUGUUAUGAACAAGUUUAAAAAGUGCAGGGUUAGAACCAGAAUUCUGAAUGCCUUAGCACGCCGAACAGUUCAUACCACGAAAGGUAGAAUUGAGAAAGGAGAAAAUGUAUUAGGGUCACGCAAUAUUGUGUUGAGCGUAAAAUAGGUGAUUGGUAAGGGAUCCUCUGCAUUUUUAGUGGAUUUUGAAUGGGAUUGGGACUCUUUGGUUUAAUGGCCUUACUCUUGUACCUAUUUGAUUGGUUUUGUUCUGACAGAAUGGACAUUGGUCUCUCGGCCAGUCUGGAUCUGCUUGCGUGAUUAUAUUUCAGUUCUGCACAAGAUGAUCUGUGAUCUGGAACUUUUUACAACAAAUGAAAAGACGAAAGCUGAUUGUGUAUGUUGCUGGUAACAUUUAUUUAAUGUUUUCGUAGGUGAAGAUUUGCUAACUUAAUGUGACCAACAGGGGAAAAAAUAUGUUGAAUUAGGUUUGUUCAUUUGAACCACAAUGCACAGUAUUUUAGUUUUUUAAAUUUUAUUUUCCUGUGCAAUAACUUAACUUGCAUAUCCAUGAAGGGUUUUUUGUAUGGAAUAUUUAUUUUAAUAGCACUGAAUUGUAUUUCAAACUUCAGCCAAGUUUAACAUUUUUAACCAAACUACUGUCAAUAAAAUUGUCUUAAAAUAUUGUAUCUAAACCUUUUUGUGUUUGAAGAUAUGUUUGAAUAAAGUUCAAUGUCAGGUG